AUGGCGUGGCCGUGCAUCACAAGGGCCUGCUGCAUCGCACGCUUCUGGAACCAGCUGGACAAGGCAGACAUUGCGGUGCCGCUGGUUUUCACCAAGUACUCAGAGGCCACCGAGCAUCCAGGAGCCCCGCCGCAGCCCCCAGCGCCGCUGCAGUCCGCGAUAGCGCCCCCCUCGCGCGCUGUCGCCAUAGAGACGCAGCCGGCCCAGGGCGAGUCGGAUGUAGUUGCCCGGGCAACAGGGCCGGCUCCCGGGCCUAGCGGCGACCGCGAGACUGCAACCGCCCCCGGCCGGAGCGGGCUGGGUCUGGGCGCGGCCUCGGGCUCUACUUCCGGCUCUGGCCCCGCGGACUCGGUGAUGCGACAGGACUACCGCGCUUGGAAGGUGCAGCGGCCAGAGCCCAGCUGCCGGCCGCGCAGCGAGUACCAGCCGUCCGACGCGCCCUUCGAGCGCGAGACCCAGUACCAGAAGGACUUCCGCGCCUGGCCACUCCCCCGCCGCGGGGACCACCCCUGGAUCCCCAAGCCGGUGCAGAUCCCUUCGACUUCGCAACCUUCCCCAUCCGUUCUUGGGGUGCCCAAGCGUCGGCCUCAGAGCCAAGAGCGCGGGAUCAUGCAGACCUCUGCCGAAGCCCGGGACCCGGAAGGCGCAGGAGGAGCCGGGGUGCCGGCGGCGGGAAAGGCGUCCGGAGCAGACCUGCGCGACACACGCAGGAAGGCCGGACCCGCGUGGAUGGUGACUCGCAACGAAGGGCACGAGGAGAAGCCUCUGCCCCCGGCCCAGUCCCUGACCCAGGAGGGCGGCCCUGCAGCUGGCAAGGCGUCCGGAGCAGACCUGCGUGACACACGCAGGAAGGCCGGACCCGCGUGGAUGGUGACUCGCACCGAAGGGCACGAGGAGAAGCCUCUGCCCCCGGCCCAGUCCCUGACCCAGGAAGGCGGCCCGGCAGCUGGCAAGGCCUCUGGUGCAGACCAGCGUGACACACGCAGGAAGGCGGGCCCGGCAUGGAUGGUGACUCGCACCGAAGGGCACGAGGAGACGCCUCUGCCCCCGGCCCAAUCCCUGACCCAGGAAGGCGGCCCGGCAGCUGGCAAGGCCUCUGGUGCAGACCAGCGUGACACACGCAGGAAGGCGGGACCGGCAUGGAUGGUGACUCGCACCGAAGGGCACGAGGAAAAACCGCUGCCCCCGGCCCAGUCCCUGACCCAGGAAGGCGGUCCUGCAGCUGGCAAGGCCUCUGGUGCAGACGAGCGUGACACAAGGAGGAAGGCGGGGCCGGCCUGGAUGGUGCGUCGCUCUGAGGGGCACGAGCAAACAACCACUGGCCAUGCCCAAGCCGCAGGGCCCGAAGGUGGCAAAGGGCGCGCCGUGGCAGAUGCCCUCAAUAGGCAAAUCCGAGAGGAGGUGACGAGUACAGUGAGCAGCUCCUACAGGUGAGACAGGGGCAGCAGGUGAUGCUGGU